AUGCAGUAUAACCAGUCUUCUCUACAAGAAGCAGUUGAGGUUGUACAGUCCGGACAAAUGAGCAUAAGAAAAGCUAGUGAAGCUUAUGCAAUUCCUAAGUCAACAAUAGCAGAUCGAAUAUCUGGAAAACACGCUUUAUCUGUUACGCACGGUCGACCUCCAGCUCUUCCUUCUUAUAUAGAGGAUAAAAUAGUAAACAGUGUAAAAGUUGCCUCUCAGUUAGGCAUAGGUCUAAGUCGCAAGCAGAUCUUGCUUAGAACAAACGUUCUUUGUAAGCGUAUAAAGCUCCAGUCUUCAUAUAAAGACUUUCACGCUGGCAAGGACUGGUGGGAGGGUGUGCGCAAGAGGCAUCCCGAACUUGUUAUCAGAUCCCCUGAGAAGCUUUCAUCAGUGCGUUCAAGAAUGCUUAAUGCUGAGGUAAUUGGAAAGUACUUUGACGAUCUUGGUCAAAUUAUCUCUAGUAGUAACCUUGAACCGCAUCAAAUAUGGAAUGCGGACGAAACUGGGUUCAAUUUCGAGCACUGUCCUGUGAAAGUUGUUGCUGAGAAAGGUACACGCACGGUUGUCAGCAAAACAACCAACCGUUCAACUAACAUAACAGCAAUGGCAUGUGUAAAUGCAUGUGGUCAGCAAAUGCCACCUAUGUUAAUUGCAAAAGGCAAAACAAAGAGGUCACUACACUCUUUUAACACCACUGCCAGUCCGUCUGGUACUGUUUGGACAUAUCAGAAGAACGGUUGGAUAACUGACGAAAUAGGAGAGCAGUGGUUUGAUGAGCUUUUUCUCAGAAACUGUGGUCCAGAACGCCCCCAAUUAUUGAUAAUCGAUGGCCACUCCAGUCAUGAAUCUUUAGCUAUAAUUGAAAGGGCUAUCGAUGAGAAUAUUAUGCUCCUUACUCUACCACCUCAUUGCACUCAUUACCUCCAGCCUUUAGACAGAACUGUUUUUGGUCCUCUUAAGCGUGCAUACAAUGAGGCCUGUUCUGCAUUUAUGCAGGAUCAUCCAUUACAUUUAGUAAAUAAGUGGACAUUCCCUGCAUUAUUAAAAGAGGCUUGGAGUACAGCUCUUAAUGAAUCAAACAUUAUGUCUGGAUUUAGAGCCUGUGGCAUCGUGCCAUUUAACAGAAAUGUUAUACCCUCAAGUGCCUUCUUGCCAAGUAAACCAACAGACAUAAGCCCAACUUUAUCUUUACACAAUGAAUCCCAGACAACAAGUGAGAUAUGUCCAGUAGAUUCGUCCAGUGAUUUAGGUUUAAGUUCUGUUCUUGACAUCAGUGACCCGUCACAGCUAAUGGAUUUGAUCAACAGUGGAGAUGUAUUUGUACAAGAUCUUGAUACAUCAUUCCCUUACGAUGAAGUGUCGUCCAUUAACACAAAUGUACUUGAAAAUAAUAACCCACAACCUAUCGAAUCUGACGAGUCAGUUAGUCAAUGCCUUGAUGAGUUGUUUACACCAAAAGUAGCAAAAAGCCGUCCACAGUCAUCAAGAGUGAAAAAAGUAACAGGACAUAAACUUCUAACAAGCAUGGAGAUUUUGGAAGAGAAAAGGCUUCUACAGACACAAAAGUUGCAAAGGGGCAUUAAAACGACGAAAUGGGCAGGCGGAGAUUUCCAGCAAAGUUGA